AUGGAAGAUAAAAAAGAUAAGUAUUAGCCAAUCAAGCUCUUAAAUCCUCUCGAAAAGCUACUUUUUAAAAAAAUAUAGAUAAUAACUACUGAUGGCAAGGUUUUGAUAGGUAUCUUGAAAGGUUUAGAUUAAGCUUUAAAUUCAAUAUUAUCAGAUUGUGUAGAGAGAGUUUUUUCAUCAGAAAAUAAUACCAAAACUAUUAAGCAUGGUCUUUAUUUACUUAGAGGUGAUAACAUUGCUGUAUUAGGUGAGGUAGAUGAAGAAAUAGAAAACUAAAUAAACUACGAUUCUAAAAUAUAGUGCUUAAAACCAAUAACUAACUGA